CCGUGCUGAUCCCUCGCCGUGCUGAUCCCUCGCCGUGCCGAUCCCUCGCCGUGCCGAGCCCUCGCCGUGCUGUGCCCUCGCCGUGCCGAUCCCUCGCCGUGCUGAUCCCUCGCCGUGCUGUGCCCUCGCCGUGCUGAUCCCUCGCCGUGCUGAACCCUCGCCGUGCCGAUCCCUCGCCGUGCCGAGCCCUCACUGUGCCCUCGCCGUGCCAAGCCCGAGGUGAUGCUGGCCCCUGCCCCGCUGUCCUGGCGCACUGAGGCGUGACCGCGGCACCACGGCGGGGCCGGCCCGGCCCACGCGCUGCAGGGUGGUCAUCUACCUCCAGAAGGACAUGUCGGGGGACACGUGCCUGGGCAGCGCCCUGUGCCCGGCCGCGGGCCACAAGCCCAAGGCCAGCGGGCUGAAGGGUGGCAGCCUGGGCAACAAGUACGUGCGGCUCAACGUCGGCGGCUCCCUCUACUACACCACGGUGCAGGUGCUCACCAGGCACGACACCAUGCUCAAGGCCAUGUUCAGCGGCAGGAUGGAGGUGCUCACCGACAAGGAAGGCUGGAUCCUUAUAGACCGUUGUGGGAAGCACUUCGGAACAAUUUUAAAUUAUCUCAGAGAUGACACAAUUGCACUUCCAAAACACAGGCAGGAGAUCAAAGCGUUGAUGGCAGAAGCCAAAUACUAUCUCAUCCAGGGCUUGGUGGACAUGUGCCAAGCAGCCCUGCAGGACAAGAAAGACUUGUAUGAACCUGUCUGCAGCAUCCCUAUUAUCACCUCACCGAAAGAAGAGGAGAGACUGAUAGAGUCAUCAAUGAAACCUGUUGUUAAACUGCUGCAUAAUAGAAGCAACAAUAAAUACUCCUACACCAGUAACUCUGAUGACAACUUGCUGAAGAACAUCGAGCUGUUUGACAAGCUGUCCCUGCGGUUCAACGGCCGGGUGCUGUUCAUCAAGGACGUGAUCGGGGACGAGAUCUGCUGCUGGUCCUUCUACGGGCAGGGCCGCAAGCUGGCCGAGGUCUGCUGCACCUCCAUCGUCUACGCCACGGAGAAGAAGCAAACCAAGGUUGAGUUCCCUGAGGCACGAAUUUACGAGGAAACACUAAACGUCCUGCUGUACGAGACGCCCCGAGUCCCGGAUAACUCGCUGCUGGAGGCCACGAGCCGCAGCCGGAGCCAGGCCUCGCACAGCGAGGACGACGAGGGCUUCGAGCUGCGCGACCGCGUGCGCCGCAUCCACGUCAAGAGAUACAGCACCUACGACGACCGCCAGCUCGGCCACUAGCUGUGCUGCUUCCUCAGGGCUGCUCCGGCUCGUGCUCGACCUUGGGCAGGAGCGGGGCAUCCCUGGACACCGAUUUCUGGGGCGCCUCGGCCCCGGGCACUGCGUGCACAAAGCAGCACUAAAGGCCGAGGGCUUGGAGAACUGAGGUGUGAGUUGUGCACCUGGUGCUUUCCCUGCAGGCUGGCCCCUCUUCCUGCUGGGGAGGGGGAUGUGGGACGCUGGUUCUCAGUUUGUGGUUGCUUUUCCUAUCUAACGAUUUGCCAGUUUCCCCCUUGCCAUGAGCAGCGCUGCUCUUUCUGAGUGAGGUGGGGAGGUUUGAAAAGCUCUUUCUGGACAGCUCCCCUUUAAGGGCCUUGUCUAGUGGAACUUGCAGUUAUUAAAUCAAGAUACUGAAGAGAGAACUUGAAUGUGGCUGCUCUUGGCAGACCCUACAUGGGAUAACCCCCAGGAGAAACAUUUGGCUGGCCAGUCAGCUGCACCUGUGCUCUCCCACCCCUGUCCCCAGAACACCUCAAAGGUUUGUGUUCCAGGAUAGUGUCUUUAGAACUCAUUGAUUCCAAGGCAAGCUCUUCCAAAGUGGUAAGAAUCAAGUCAUCAGCCUCUCCAUGUGAAAAAUUGAAAUCUCUGAAAAUGUAAAUGUACAGGUCCUGGGAGAGGGGGAAAUGGGUAUGGUGAGGGAAGAAACCUGAAGUAAGCAAACUUGAGCAGAUUGUGGCACUGUUGCCCUCGUUGAGGUUUGUCACGGUGAAAUCCUGUUUAUAUAAAGAAGGGCAAUCUGGGGAAUUUGUUUUACAUUAUUCUCUUCCUGUGUCCUAAAAGUGCUAUUUAAUGUUAAAUUUCUCAAGCAGUGGGGGAAAAAUUGCUGGAGUGGCUGGAGAAGUACAGGCUAAACAGUGUUUUCUAAGGCUAGAAUAUGUGAAUUCAAGUUCUGUGUCCUGAAUCCCUUCUAGAGUGUAGAAGUUGAAGAAGUAAAACAGCCAUGAAAAUAUUGUUCAAGCAUGGAACUGUGAGAGGCUUUAGGCACAGGAGAGAGGUGGCUUAUACUGGAUUUUAAACUGAAAUAAUCACUUCUUUAUGAGUGCUUGGCUGGUGCUGAUUGUACAGGGCACUUCAGGAGGUGGGAGUAAAAUUGGAAAUUUGAAAAUUUAGAAAUGUCUGGAAAUUUUCUGGAAACGGUUUCAAGUUUAGUGUGAAAAACCAUUGUCAUAUUUUUAAACUUUUGCUUGUAUUUUUUAGUUGUCAGUAGCAGUUCUGCCACUGUCAUGGUUAUUCCUGCUGGCUGCCCACUGGGAGCCGGGGAUGUUUUGGAUAUAUUCCACAGCUGCCUUUGUGUUCCCAUAUUGUCCUCAGUCAUGGAGCUCCAGAUUCCACAGUGGUCAGCCUUGAACUGCUUUGACCAGUGCCAAAUCUACCCGUGACAUUUAAAGAAAAUUACUACAAAAGCCUGGCAAGAAAAUAAUCCAAACUUAAUGCAGGGAGUUCAUAAGGAAAAUUGAGAUGUAGAUGCUUUGGGAGUAAUAGAACAGGGGAGGGAACAAAAAAUUAUUUGCAUCCAUUCAGGUUUUUGAAAAUUAAAGUGUUGUGGGUUAGUAAGAAAACACUAACAGACUUCCAGGAUUUUCUUGCCUCUCUAAUUCUGCUAGAGUGUGAUGUGGUUUUUUAAAACUCUUUCCCUCCAGUGAUGCUAUUUAAUUAGAAGGCACCAGCAGAGGCUGCAGUGAUGGGGUCUUUGUGCUGCAUCUAAUAGCUUCAAGUUAUUAUCUUGUGCUUUUUCUCUCUUGUAACAAAGGCUAAUGCCAUUUAAAAAACGUGGCACUUCUGUUUCUUGGCAAAUGAUUUAUAUUUUUUUCUUCUUGUUAGUAUCGUAGUGAAUGUUAACAGAGUAAGUGAUGCUGAUAGCCUUGCAAAACUGUGUUUAAAUGAAGUUAUAAGCAGAAAAAUGUCAUAUUUGCUUUUAUUUUUUCUGGGGAGGACAGAUGUGGGAAAGAGUGUGUGAAAGAGUCAGAUCUGUCUGCUGCUCCAGAGGGUUUUUGUACUCACAGGAUUCAUUAACAACAUGGAUCCAACUUGUGAGUUGUUACACUGUAAGAAAAGCCUGUGUUUUGGUUUAGCUUUCGUUUCCCUAUUUCCCACAGCCAACAAGUAGUAUUAAUUUCUGAUUUGGAUUUAGAUUAAUUAACCUGGGAAGCAAACAGUUUUAAGAACCAUCUGGAUUGUGAGAAUCUUUUACCAAGGGCAAAGGAUCUUCUUGGUGUUUGUGAAAUGUAUCAGUAAGAACUGUCAGCAGCUAUGCAUGUUUAAAAGAUGUGCAGAUAUCCUUUUCAUUUCCCUGGAGUUUCUCCUGAGUCCUGUUUGUCUGGAGCUGCUCCAGCACAGGGUGCCACUGAAUCUCCUUGCCCCAAAAUCAUGCCCUGGUCCAGUCUCUGUCGCACCAGGUUCUGAUCAUUUCAAGUACUGGAGUUGAGAUGUAUCACAUGCUUUGUAUUAUCACCUUAAUCAGUCUUUACAUCAUUGAAAACUAUUAAUUAUUGUGACAGGAAUGUUCUAGACAUUCUAGAACAUGAGUUUACAGCCAGUGUAGUGCAGAAGCAGCAGCAGUGAGCAGGAUGGUGCCGUCUAAAGGCAGCAUUGGGUUUGCAGUGAGCUCUCCAAGGCUCUCUGCUCAAAUUAAGCACAGAUUAAGACAAUACAGGUUUCUAAUUAUAGGUGUUAGUCUGCAAGUUGAGACUUGUACUGGCUUCCACCCAGACCAUCACUGGUGGCUGCAUUAAUGGUGUACCUGGGAAUUUGGAGUAGCCUUUGGGAGAAAAAAGAGCCUUUUUGCCCCACUUGUAGGGUGUGAAUUGUAACAGGACUCACCAUGUUCUUCACUCCUGAUUUUAAUCAAAUCUUUAUGCAUUCAGACUCUGCCCUGGCAGGCGGAGGGAGCAAUGGGAGCCUUUCCUUUCCGUGCCCAGCCUGUGCCAAAGGGCUGUGGGCUGUUUCCCAAAGCAGCCCCGGCCCUCUGCAGGAGGGAGGCUCCAGGUGGGUGUUAGCUGUGUGAAUGUGGCUGCUGGAAGGAGCUCCAGGUGGGUGUUAGCUGUGUGAACGUGGCUGCUGGAAGGAGCUCCAGGUGGGUGUUAGCUGUGUGAAAGUGGCUGCUGGAAGGAGCUCCAGGUGGGUGUUAGCUGUGUGAACGUGGCUGCUGGAAGGAGCUCCAGGUGGGUGUUACUGGGCAGCGUGUCACAGCAGAGAGCUCUGCAGGGCUGGGUGCCAGCCCCGGUCAGCGCCCAGACUGAAGUCACUGCUUAACCUGCACCUUGGCGUUCUGGUUUGUGAACGGGAGACAUUUAUCCUGCUGCAAUGUUCCACUCCAGUGACUUUUAUCUUGUGCAUGUCUUGGUUAAAAUAGAAAAUAAGUGAUGGACAUGGAGGGUGUUGGAGGGGCCGUGCUGCCACCGAGAGCUGUGUUUGAACGGGCAUUGCUUGCUGUGGGCUUGGUUUGAUUUUGUUCUUCUCCAGGUUUUUAAUUUUCAGACAGAAUUCUCUCCAGGCAGUGCUGACAUACACCUGAACUGGGUGGGUCUGCCCAGCAGCCCCUGCCUUCCACAGUGAGGUGUUCUGAGACAAUCCGUGGCGUUUGGUCCCCAGCCGCCCUCCCUGUGCCGUGGGACAGCUCAGGUGUGCCUGGAGCCCUGUCCAGCUCCAUCCUCCCUCAGGGACAGACGGCAGGCUCUGUUUUCUGGAUCUGUGUCCCUUCUCAUCCAGUGGAACGGUAGUGAGACCCUUCCCUACCUCACAGGGUGGCUGACACUUAAUUGUUUAUUGAGAGUAAAGCAUUCUUUUGGAUUUCUGUGAUAUUUUAUAUCCAGUGGAUAACAAAUAUGAUUGCUGAUCUUGUUUAAACUGACAUUCUGGGAUCAAGUUAUUUUCUUAGAGGUUCAGUCUUUGUUUUAUUUUCAUGUCUAACUUUUAAGGGUCAGUUUUACAGACAAAGUACCUAGUUAAUUCAGUAAUUAAUCAAUUAUCUGUUGAUUAAAGUGUUUCAUGAGUGCAUUAAAAGGAAAAAUAGAACACUAAUUUUUAAUAAAGUGUUAUAUUUUGUCUUCUGUGAUUUUUCUCCAA